CUUCUUCAACUCAUGGAUGAUGGACGCAUCACCGACGGUCAAGGUCGCAUCAUCGACGCCAAGAACUGCAUCGUGGUGAUGACCUCCAAUUUGGGCGCCGAGUAUCUCUCCCGACCCAAUGCCCAGGAUGGCCGUAUCGAUCCGACGACACGCGAGCUGGUCAUGACCGCGCUGCGCAACUACUUCCUCCCCGAGUUCCUCAACCGCAUUUCCAGCACUGUCAUCUUCAACCGCCUCAGCCGGAAAGAGAUUCGCAAGAUCGUCGAAGUCCGCCUGGAUGAGAUCCAGAAGCGUCUCAGUGGCAAUGGACGCAACGUCAGGAUCGAGCUCACAGAGGAAGUCAAAGACUACCUUGGCGCAGCGGGCUACUCUCCAGCCUACGGUGCUCGGCCACUCGCUCGACUCAUCGAGAAGGAAGUGCUCAAUCGGCUGGCUGUGCUCAUCCUUCGCGGUUCUGUCCGAGACGGCGAGACGGCCCAGGUUGUGCUGGAAGAUGGACACAUUGUUGUGCUUCCCAACCAUGGCGAGAGCGAUAUGGAGGAUGAUGAGGACGAGAUGUGGGACGAGGAGGACGCGGUGGAGGAGCUGAAUGGUGAUGGCGCAGAGAUGGACCUUUACGAUGAUUAAAUGAAUUGGAGGGAGUUUUGGGGCUUAUCAAUGAGCGUUCGAGCGUGAAAUGGACUUCAUGGAAUGAAUUACGAUGCAUGACAAU